UCAAUAUUUCAUAAUGCAAAUAGGAUAAGCUGUCUCUCAUCCAAAAAAGAGAAUCACAUGGAUUCCCCAACCAACUCACCCUAAUAAAUUCUCUAUAUUGCAUUACAGCAACACUAUCCUCUGCUGAGAUUUCAUAAUAUCCUAUAUUGAUAAGCAUUACAAUUGUUGUGAGAGCACCCCCAUUAAUGAAAAAAUCCCUUCUCAACCCUCAUAUUUACAACUCAAACUUAUUGAAAAAAGCCCAAUUGUUAGCCCAAAUUCAACAUGAAUUGCAAUGUGUGCACCCAACACAAGCCAUUAAGUGCUCAUUAAUAUCUCCAACCAGGAUAUACAAGAGCAAAAUCUUCUUGUAUUAAUCUACAAUCUCUUGCAGCUUUAUGUACAGCAUAGUCUGCUCGGGGCAAGAAAGUAUACACAAAAAAGAAAAAGGUUUCAACUUCCAUAUUAUUUCUUGUUAUUGUUCGCCUUUUCUAUCGGUCAUGACUAGAAAGAAGGUCAAGCUUGCAUACAUCACUAAUGACUCUGCUAGAAAAGCUACCUUCAAGAAAAUGAAGAAGGGGCUGUUGAAGAAAGUAAGUGAGCUGAGCACUCUAUGUGGCAUUAAGUCCUGCGCCAUUAUUUAUAGCCCAUAUGAUUCUCAACCUGAAGUUUGGGCUUCUGAGCAUGGCAUUCAACAUGUUCUUGGACUGUUCAAGAACAUGCCUGAAAUGGAACAGACCAAAAAAAUGGUCAACCAGGAGAGUUUCCUGAGGCAAAGGAUUGCCAAAGCCAAUGAGCAGUUGAAAAAACAAAAGAAAGACAACCGGGAGAAGGAGAUGACAGAGGUCAUGUUCCAAAGCCUGACUGGAAAAAGCCUGCACAACUUAACCAUGAUGGACUUGAAUGAUCCUGGGUGGUUGAUUGAUCAGAAUUUGAAGAAUAUAUAUAGAAGGAUUGGUCAACUCAACAAAGAGGCUCAAAAAGGUGAACCAGCUGCUGCAAAAACAGAAGGAAUGGUGGUGGGGAGUACUGGUACUAGUACUACUCCAUCAGAGAUGAAUAAGCAGCCUCAUGAUCAUCAUCAGAGGACACCAGGUUUUGAGAUGAACAUGGACACCAUGCAGAGGCAGCAAUGGUUCAUGGAUAUGAUGAAUCUCCCACAAGAGAACAAUAUGGGGUUUGGUGGAGAUGAGAUGAUGCUGCCAUUUGGAGAUAACAGUCACAAUGCUCUUUGGUCUAAUGCCUUCUUCCCUUGA